GCUCCCGAGACACCAGGAAAUAUGGCGGCGCUUAUGACUCUCAGUCAGUUAUCAAGUGGAAACCCAGCCUAUGAGAGCUACUACAGACAGCUGGAUCCAGGAAAUAAUGGCAAAAUAUCAGCUGGAGAUGCAGCUCAGUUCCUUAAGACAUCAGGGCUGUCAGGCAGUACAUUGGGAAAGAUUUGGGAUUUGGCAGAUUCAGAACGAAAAGGCUACUUGGAUAAGCGGGGUUUCUUCAUAGCUUUGAGACUGGUGGCCUCAGCACAGGGUGGAAAUGAUAUCAGCCUCAACAACCUCAACCAAACGUUAGCGGCACCCAAAUUUAGAGACACAAGCAGCCCAUUAUUAAGUGUUUCAACAAUAUCAACUGACUCACAGUGGGCAAUAAGGCCUGAUGAAAAAGGGAAAUUUGAGGGCAUUUUUGAGAGUCUGUCCCCUGUAAAUGGUCUCCUCUCUGGUGAUAAAGUGAAGCCAGUUUUGAUAAACUCUAAGCUACCUCUGGAUGUGUUAGGAAAGAUUUGGGACUUAAGUGAUGUAGACAAAGAUGGACACUUGGACAAAUAUGAAUUCACAGUGGUCAUGCAUCUUGUGUAUCGGGCCAUGGAGAAAGAGCCUAUCCCAUCUACCUUACCCGCCUCCCUCAUCCCUCCCUCCAAAAGGAAAAAAUCUGCGUCUGGGCUGCCAGGUGCUGUGGCUGUCUUGCCCGCUUUCUCUGGUCUUACUUCUGGUCCGGUUCCUCUCAAAGAAACAUUGCGAAGCACUCCUCCACUGGGCAGCGCUACUCCCCUCAGCACCACUACUGUCAACCUCUCUCCAAAACACUCCUUUAAAUCUAACUCACAGCCGGCGGUAAACUGGGUAGUACCGGUGGCUGACAGAGAGCGAUAUGAUGACAUCUUCCAGAAGAUGGACACUGACAAUGACGGUCUCGUCACCGGGACUGAAGUCAUAGAGAUCUUCAUGCAGUCCAGUCUCUCCCAGACUAUGUUGGCACAGAUAUGGGGACUGGCUGACACUAAACAGACGGGCAAGCUGAGCCGGGAGCAGUUCUCUCUGGCCAUGUACCUGAUUCAGCAGAAGGUCACUAAAGGCAUGGACCCUCCCUCCACUCUCAAUCCAGAUAUGAUUCCCCCCUCAGAGAGGACUGCAGGAUCUAGCUAUGCGGGGCUUAUGUCUGCUGUGAGACCUGAAUAUGCUGCAUUAGCUAAUAUCCGCAGAGACAGCACCAGCUCCACAGGGUCGGCGGAGCUGACAGGCAUCAAAGAGCUGGAUGACCUCAGCCAGGAAAUAGCUCAGCUGCAGAGAGAGAAAUUCAUCAUGGAACAAGAGAUAAGGGAAAAGGAGGAUUCCAUCAGACAACAAAAUAGUGAAGUUCAGGACAUGCAGAAUGAAUUGGACCGGGAGAGCAGCAGCCUGCAGGACCUCGAGUCCCAGAAGCAGGAAGCUCAGGAACGUCUGGAGGAGAUGGACCAGCAGCGCUCCAAGCUAGAGGGGAUGCUCAACGACAUCAAGCAGAAGUGUCAGGAAGAGUCACAUAUGAUUUCGUCCCUGCAAAGCCAGAUCCGCUCUCAGGAGACUGACCUCCGGAGCCAGGAGGAUGAACUUGGCCGUUCCAAGGUGGACCUGAGCCGGCUGCAGGAGGAGGAGGCCCAGCUUGAGCAGAACCUGCUCUCUGGUCGCGUCCAGCUGGACAGCAUAGUUAAAUCACUCAAAACCACCCAGGAAGAGAUCAACCAGGCUCGCAGUAAGCUGUCGCUGAUCCAGGACAACCAAAAGGAAGUGACCAAGACCAUCGAGCAGUACAACAGCUCCCUAAACGACAUCAAUGGAGGAAACUUCAGCGACCUGCCAGACUUGAGUGAAACAUUUGCUGAGAAGGAGAACGGAGGUUUCAAAAGUGCGGAUGAAUCUUUCAAGUCAAAGAUAGCCAUGUUCAACAACAGCAGCGCCAAGGAGUCCCCAGCAGACCCCUUCCAGACAGAGGACCCCUUCAAGUCCGACCCCUUCAAAGAUCCAUUUGGGGUAGAUCCAUUCAAAGAAAGUGAUCCCUUCAAAGGCACCUCAUCUGAAGAUUUUUUCAAGAAGUCUGACAUGUUUGGAUCUUCAGACCCCUUCAGUAAAAAACCCACACCUCCAGCCAAGCCAAGUGCCUUCGGAGCUGACCCCUUUUCAUCCAAACCAACGGACUCAGAUGUGUUCGGGACAACGGACCCCUUUGGAAGCGGCUCUUUUGGAAACAAGGGUGGAUUUGCCGAUUUUAGUCAGAUGUCGAAGAAGUCAGACAACCCUGUGCUUCCAUCAAAGAAAAAUGUGCCUAACCGGCCUGCACCUCCCUAUGGAUCUGAACGUGUCAAGUUUGGAAGUGAGAACCAGCAGCUGGAGUGGGCCAAACGGGAGAGUGAGCGCGAGGAGCAGGAGAGGCUGAGGAGACUGCGGCUCCAGGAGCAGCAGGACCUGGAGCUGGCCAUCGCUCUCAGCAAGGCUGACAUGCCCAGCGCCUGACCACGCAUGCCCCACCACAACUUCUAGUCCUCCUCCUUCUGACUAGCAGUCCUCCGCACACUCAUGGCAACAACACCGACACUGGCCCGACACGACUAGCAGCCCUCGUUAUCAAUUUGUGUAAGAGACCAGUGUUUCUCCAGCCAUGACUGGAGACAUGUCAAAUGACUCCAAAUUUAGCAACCAGUUAAGGUUCAUUGCUCCCAAACUACAUGGCAACUAUAAUGAGGGACAAUACGGAGCCACUAGAUCUAAGCCUGGCUUCAUCUUGCAAGAACAUAGCGAUUUAACGCAACCCAAACCAGCUGGGUACUUGACUACAACUUACAACCCUGCCUUAUCCAAGAGCCUGUUUGUUGCAAGAAAAAUAACAUUUUAAGAAUAUUUUACUGCUUUAUUUAUAUAGAAAAGCAACAAAUCUGUGGUCUAUGAAGUACUUGUAAAAUGCACUGUUUAAACGGUUUUAUAUAACCUUUAAUUACUCAGAAAUAUUCAUAUUGAUUAUGGAUUACUAUACAUGCUAACUGCUCUGUUAGCCUGUGAUUUAAUUUGUCCAAUUUCAAAUGUUUUUUUUUGUUUUUUUUUAAUGAAACCUACUCAUGUACUGUAAAUAUUAUUUGAUGAUGUUUUUAUGUGUACGCCUAAGGGGCAGCGAAGUCCAUCUUUAAAACAAACCAGUCUUAAAGAACUAGAGCUCAGUCAUCAGAUCAUGAAUGGCACAAUUCAUGUUUUUAUUUCAAAUGUUACAAGUGUUGCCAUUUAUGCCUGCUCAUCUUUUAUUUAUAGCCUAAAAGUACAUAGAUUGAAGAAAUCAAUACUCUUCAGAAGGUACAUACAUAAGAUGUUGUUUUUUGAAUCUCUUGAUAGGCAUUUUAGUUAUAAAAUUGCUAUGGUUAAAUGAGAUUUAGCGCCAUAUCAUUUGUCAGCUUUUGUUUUUUCCAAUAAUUAAGAUGCUAGUGAUAAUCAUUGAGGUCUUCCUUUAUGAACAAAGUUCAAUCCACCUGGAGCGCUGUUGCACCAUCACUCUGAUGUCAACAGCUUGUGUUUUUUACAUGAUUCAUCUUUGCCUUCUCGUAAAGCCCAAAAAACUUGCACUCCCAUACAACUAAGAGCCUCUAAAAAAUGGAAUAAGUGUAAACCUCCAUAGUUUAUACUGGUGCUGUUACACUAAGCUUUGUCAUUUUUAUUUCUAUGCUUCACACUACCACCUAUACAAAGUGAGAUCUGCUUCCAGGUUGGAUUUUUGCUUCUCUCUCAACAUUCAAAUCAACCUUUGAUCUGUUUUUAUUUUGUUUUCUGUGGAUUUGUGGGGUUUUUUCUCUUCAUUAGUGUCUUAUGACCCAGUUGGAGGACAUUUGUUUAAAUGCCUUAAAAUAUUGCAUUGCGUUUCACACUAAUCAGGUUUAUUUGGCACAUAAUGUAUUCACUGUAUAUUCCAGAGUUUACUGGACAUGUACAGAAUGACGGCGCCUUAUUUAUCAACAUAUCAUCAUUAUAACAUGUAAUAUUGCACAGUAUGUAUGUGAUUAUUAAAACAUUUUUUGUUUUGAGUGGCUCAAAACUGUAAUGUUUAAUUGAAUAAAAGUGAUUU